AUGGCGCUUCCAGUACGGACAAACUUGAGACAUGUCUUCAGAUUCAUUCAUCAACUAAAUGCUCCUAAAAGAUAUAUGUGUGCUGCCUCCACGGAAAACAAGCCCUCUGCUGCGGAACCUCCAGGAGGUGGGCGUGUAUUCUCUGGGAUCCAGCCGACCGGGGUUCCCCACUUGGGCAACUACCUAGGUGCUCUAGAGAACUGGGUGUCCCUGCAGAACCAGUACCCUUCAGUGCUUUACAGCAUCGUGGACCUGCACUCCAUUACCCAGUCUCAGGACCCAGCCCAGCUUAGGAACAACAUCGUGGACAUGGCAGCCAGCCUGCUGGCCUGCGGCAUCGACCCAGAGAGAGCAAUACUCUUCCAACAGUCUCAAGUGUCCGAGCACGCCGAGCUGUCCUGGAUCCUGGGCUGUCUGACCAGCAUGCCCCGCCUCAGACACCUGCCACAGUGGAAGAUGAAGAGCAAACAAAAAAAUGAAGGCAGCGUUGGGCUCUACACAUAUCCAGUCCUCCAGGCUGCUGAUAUACUCCUCUACAAGUCCACACACGUCCCUGUGGGAGAGGAUCAGGUCCAGCAUCUGGAGCUGGCUCAGGACCUCGCUCGCAUCUUCAACAACCGCUACGGGGACCUGUUCCCUGAACCCCGAGCCCUGAUGAGUUCUACACGAAAAGUCAAAUCCCUCCGUGACCCCUCCGCCAAAAUGUCCAAGUCCGACCCCAAUGCCAUGGCGACCAUCACCAUCACAGACUCUCCCGACGACAUCGCCCUCAAGAUCCGCCGCGCUGUGACCGACUUCACCUCCGAGGUCACCUACGACCCGGAGACGAGACCCGGGGUUUCCAACCUGGUUACCAUCCACGCCGCCAUGGCAACCAUCAGCGUAGAAGAUGCUGUGUCCCAGGCUAGAGGCUUGGAUACAGGAGUGUAUAAGAAGCUGGUGACAGAGGCGGUGAUCCAGAGGCUUACGCCCAUCAGAGAGGAGAUAGAGAGGCUGAGGGCGGACCGGGCUCACCUGGAGGGGGUGCUGGCCCGCGGGACACAAAGGGCGCGGGAACUGGCUGCGCCUGUGCUCAGAGAGGUUCGACAGAGAGUUGGAUUCUGCUGAUAAGAAGCUGAACUCUGUGGACAUCAACUUCUAUUAAUGACUGUUUACAUCUAUUCUAGGAUGUAACUCUCUGUUAAUAAUAAAAAAAAGUUGAGACAUUGUGGAAAAAACCCAAAUGAAAAGAGAAACAGAAGAAAGUCAGCCUUUGUUUUUAUAUAUGUAUAUUUAUCUUUACCUUUGACUUCAGGUUGGCAUCUCAGAAUGCUGCAACACCACUAAAAAGAAGUCAGCAAGGCAAGAAACACAAGCAGAUGUUUAAACCUCUGUUUUGAUUGUAUUUAUUUAAAUGGAGAAAAUAAAGGUAAAAUAAUAACUUAAACUGUCCAUCCCCAGUUCACAGAAUCACUUCAACAUAUCUCACUCACUGUAUUAUUUUGUCUUAAAAUAAAGUGAUUUUCAU